CGUAUUACUAGUUGCUGUGGCAACAGCUCCUCCCCCUUCCAGUGGAAGAGAAGAGGCUGAAUAAAAACAGAGGGAUAAAUAUUUCAGCACUUCUGGCUCCUGUUAGACUCAGUGUUAAACUAACUCAGCGACCUCUGGCAGCAGCACGGAGCCUGAGGAGCAGGGCAGUGUUCAUGUCACUUUCCUGAACUUUAAUGAUUUCAUUUUGUGGGAAGACCUACGCAAUGAAUAAUUCCAUGUCAUAUCAAUCAGAGCAUAUUGAUUAUGACAGAACUGAGGCUUUAGACGAUUCAGAAUGGAACAACUGCAAGUCUCGAGAGAGAGACUAUGUGAAUUCUCUGCUGGAUGUUAGUGAGGAAUAUUCUGUUAAAGAGCAAGAACCUUAUGAGGUGCAGAUUCCAGUGGGCUGGGAGGAAGCUAUCCAAGGAUGGGGACGGUUUGCCCCACUUGCUUGCUUAUUUCAAGCACAGAGAAAUAGGAGGAAGGUCAAAGCAGAUGCCAUGGAUUUCCAUUGCCUUCUCUGUGCAGAUCUGAAGGACCUGAAGCUGUCUGAGCUCCCUGAAUUGGACUGUGCUGGCGCAUCUUCUGAAACUGUCCUGUCCUGUCAGCCUCCGGAGGAACCUUUGAAAAAUUCUGUUCCUUCUUCUAUUGAGCCUCCAAGAAAACCACAGAGGAACAGUUCGCCUUGUUCUUCUUCUACCUCAGAAGAGGACACCUUUGACUUGUUGACUAUUGAGGAGAGGAACACCAAGACUGACAUACUGGAAAACAAAGCCGUGUUUGGAAGUGAACAGUUUGUACCUAAUAAGACUCUACCUCAACACUUUCAGCCUACUGUUCAGUGCCCAUUUUUUAAGGACAAAUGUGCAGGAAAGGUUCCUCUGAUAGGCACUCUGAUGGUUUUACCUCCUGUGAGACCACCUUCACCUGCACAUUUGAGGAGUGUCCCUGUUUCAAAGAGGAGGGAGGUUACGUAUCCAAAAGCGGGAGUAGAUAACCCAAUUGUUGUGGGUGGAGCUACAGAAACAGCUGCUUUAAAUGAGACUUUGGACAUUGAUGGACAGCAGGAGAAAGCUGUUCCAUACCGCAGCUCACCUGUAGACCAGAUUUACCAGGGAACUCUGACAUCCAAGUUCGGGUCAGGACAACACCAGUAUCUCUUGUCCAUUCCAGUUUCCAGAAAGGGUCAGUUGCCCUUCAGCCCCCUAGAAGGAAUGCUACCUCGAGCCUUGCCCAUCCUCGGCCGAAACUUCAGACAAGAGAUACCUUUCAGACACAUAUCUGGUCACAGGGCCCAUUCAAACUUCAAGGCUAGGAGUCCGAAAAGGGCAGAACCUGAGCUUCCAAUGCUGCUGGGCACCAGAGUGGCUAUACCAGUGUCUGCUCAUCGCUUGCUGUGAAUACUGAUCACUGUAUGCUUGAAAAAAAAAACUGUCCUUACAAGUGAUAUGCACAUGCCAUUACAUGUGUUGGUGAUUUUUUUGUAGAAUAUUUUUGUAGUUGGGGUUAGGGCUGCACAAUAUAUCACUUAAGCAUCAUAAUUGCAAUGUGCAUAAGUUACAUCACAGAAAUUGCAGUGUAAGGUCCCAUGAUUUUUGCAAUGCAGAGAACAUGGAUAGAACCUUGAAAAGUAGGCAUAUACUGGAUUUUAUAUAUAAAGAGCUAUAGUUAUAAAAAAACAAACAAAAAUAAAUUCACAAUGGAUUUGGGAAAAACAAACUUGCUUAAUCCAAUAUAAAAUUUAGCUCUAUUUUUAUUUUUAUGACAUUUCUUACGAAGGCAGGUUAUAUUUCAUAUAUGAAACAUGAAAUGCAUUAUUAUGGGUUUAUAUGUUAAAUCACUUACAUCUUAUGGGGGUGUAUAUUCUUUCAGGUAAAAAGUGGUGAGAACAAGAAACUACAUCAGAUACGACACCAAAUACACCAAAUCUGGUGCUCACUGUUUUUUUUAUCAAUAAAAUACCUCUGGAAAAAAGGGUUAUUUUUAAUAUACCAAUAUACAGCUCUGGAAAAAAUAAGAGACCACCUAAAAAUGAUGAGUUUCUUUGAUUUUACCAAAUCAUCUGGAAUAUAAUCAAGAAGAAGAGGGAUCAAACCAAACUCAUCUGCUUAAAUUGAAACUGUGAUUAAGACCAGGGUUAUUCCACCAAAUAUUGAAUUCUGAACUCUUACAACGUUAUAAAUAUGAACUAUACCUAUAAAUUACAAAAUCAGAGAAACUGAUUCAGAAACUGAAGUGGUCUCUUAAUUUUUUCCAGAGCUGUAUAUCGCAAAGCAACAAAAUAUUGCAACAUCGUGCAAUAUCAGCCCUGUGCAGUAUAACAGUGCAUCACACUGACAUUAACAUCCAUGUUGACAUCACAUUAAAGUUGCAGAGUGGGUUAUGCAAGUGCAGCAGAGCAAAGUGUAUAAAUGUUGCCAAACCUACUGUUAGAGCCGCAAGAGGGGGGACCAACUCCCUACUAAUGCUAACGCAAAUGGGUUUAGAAUGGGAUUUCAUAAAUGCUUAUGUAGUUGCAAUGUGUAAGUGUCCCAAUACUUUUGUCCAUAUAGUGUAUACUGUUGAGUUAUAUUGUGGUUAGAGCUGGUUAAUAAAACUCAAAUGCUUUUGUUGUACCA